AUGACUUUUCCCACUUUUAACCAAAAUGCCGCAGGAGAUGCUCCUGAAGCGUGGCCUCUAGGUCCUCUCAACAGCACUCACGAGUACACCCCAGAACCUGUCGGUGGGAACUUCCCGGGCUAUCAAACCUCCUAUCCUGCGAUAGAACCCUCUCCCUCCACAUCCACUGCAAUGCCCUCGGCUGCAGGGCAACGUCCCGAGGAAAUGCAACAUGGCAAUUCUCCAUCAGAGUCCAACGACUCGUCAUACUCCUCGAGAUCUAGCGUUUCCAGUAUGGCCUCCAAUGGGCCUCUCAAGAAGGAGCCGCAGCUGUCCCAAAGGGACUCGGAGAGUCUGGAGGAAAGUCUUGAAAGAGCCAAGGCAGAAGUAGCUCGAGGCUUCGCCCCAAUCAGAACGAGCACCUAUCUAUCUGCCGGCAAGAGGGAGAGCCUCCGUUCCAGAAUUUCAAGGGAGGUGACAGAAGACGACUUAUAUAAAGUCUUGACGAGAAAAAGGACCAGUACAGGCAGCAAGCGUGCAUCAUUCGUCUCAAAAGAGCAGUCCGUCGAAGCUGAAGAGGACCAGGCCGAGGUAGAAAGGCUAAUGUCACGUAUGUUUGGAAGUGAUCGUCGGGCGCAAUCCGAAGACGAAAAGACCCGUCAUGUCGGUGUCAUAUUCAGGAACCUCACCGUCAAGGGCAUGGGACUAGGGACGGUGCUCCAACCAACCUUUGGCGACCCAUUCAUGGGCCUUCCUCGCUUGCUCAAAGCCUUGAUCGCUGGUGGCUCGCAGGCACUCGGUGGAAAGCCACCAGUCAGAACAAUCAUCAAUGACUUUACUGGCUGUAUAAAGCCGGGAGAAAUGCUGCUCGUCCUCGGCCGUCCAGGUUCUGGUUGCUCCACAUUCCUCAAGACGCUUGCCAAUCAACGGUUUGGAUACGUAAGUGUGGACGGCGACGUGACAUACGGGGGCUCAGAUGCAAAGACAAUGAAUAAGCACUAUCGUGGCGAAGUGCUCUACAAUCCUGAAGACGACCUACACUACGCUACAUUAAGCGUGCAGAACACCUUGAAAUUCGCACUCAAGACACGGACUCCUGGCAAGGCGUCUCGUAAUGAAGGUGAGACGCGCAGUCAGUAUAUUGCUGAGUUUCUCCGCGUAGUCUCGAAGCUCUUCUGGAUUGAACAUACUUUGAAUACGAAAGUAGGAGACGCGAUGAUUCGUGGUGUGUCAGGGGUGAGAAGAAACGAUACUCAAUGCUGGGAUAAUUCAACGCGAGGCCUCGACGCUAGCACAGCGCUGGAGUACGUCCAAUCAUUGCGGGCUCUCACAAACAUGGCCCACAUAUCAACCGCCAUCGCGCUCUAUCAAGCUGGAGAGAGCUUGUAUGAGCUAUUCGAUAAAGUCGUGCUGAUUGAUGAGGGACGCUGUCUCUACUACGGCCCCACUCAUGAGGCGGCAGCAUACUUUGAAGGACUCGGCUUUGAAAGACCACAACGCUGGACCACGGCAGACUUCCUCACAUCUGUUACCGACCCCCAUGAGCGACAAAUUCGUCCAGGUUUCAGGAAUAGGAUUCCUCGCUCCACAGAAGAAUUCGAAACUGCGUACAAGAAGAGCCAAGUGUAUGAGAAGAAUCUACUGGACAUUCAAUCGUUGGAACAAGAGCACGAGCAACAGCGGCAAAAAAGACUAGAGGCACAGACAAAAGCAACCAAGGAGAAAAAUUACACUUUGUCAUUCCCCAAGCAAGUCUGGGCUUGCACGCAUCGACAGUUCUUGAUCAUGUUUGGUGACCGGCUCUCCCUUGGUGGCAAAUGGGGUGGAAUAAUUUUCCAAUCUCUAAUCGUUGGCUCACUAUUCUACAACUUGCCUAGCAAUGCCAAUGGGGUCUUCACCAGGGGUGGCGUCUUGUUCUUCGUUCUCCUUUUCAAUACACUACUCGCUCUAGCUGAGCUGACCUCAGCAUUCAGUAGUAGACCUAUCUUGCUGAAACAUAAAAGCUUUUCCUUCUACCGACCCGCAGCUUACGCGAUUGCGCAAACAGUUGUUGACAUGCCGCUUGUCUUCAUCCAAGUAUUCCUCUUUGACAUUGUGGUCUACUUCAUGGCAAACCUCUCUAGGACGGCUUCGCAAUUCUUCAUUAGCUUGCUCAUACUUUGGGUUCUGACCAUGAGCAUGUAUUCGCUCUUCAGAGCCAUCGGCUCAUUGUGCAAAUCUCUGGACGUGGCUACUCGUCUUACGGGUGUUGCCAUGCAAAUUUUGAUCGUCUACACUGGAUACCUGAUUCCACCUUCAAAGAUGCACCCUUGGUUCAAAUGGCUCAUGUGGAUCAAUCCAGUCCAAUAUGGGUUCGAAGCUUUGAUGGCCAACGAAUUUUACAAUCUUGAUAUCGCGUGUGUGCCACCAUAUCUUGUUCCGCAAGGCCCGAAUGCGUCGCCACAAUAUCAGUCGUGUAAUAUUCAAGGCAGCAAGCCGGGCAGCCUGACAGUUAGUGGUGCAGACUACAUUCAGACAGCUUUCACAUACUCUAGAGCCCAUCUCUGGCGCAACUUCGGCAUCAUCACGGCGUUCUGGCUCUUCUUUGUAUUUCUUACCAUGUUGGGUAUGGAAAUGCAGAAGCCGAACUCUGGUGGUGGGGAUGUUACGAUCUUCAAACGUGGCCAAGCCCCAAAGUCUGUUGCCAAGCCAGGCGAUACAUCUGAGGAUGAGGAGAAGAAAGCGGGUGCAGCAGACAUUAAGAUUGAAGAGGAAGAUUCGAGUAGCUCCGACUCGAUGCACAAUAUCAAGACGUUAGCUAGAAAUGACUCGGUCUUCACCUUCACAGAUGUCAAUUAUACAAUCUCUUACGGUAAAGGCGAAAGAAAGCUGCUUUCCAACGUUCAAGGUUUCGUUCGGCCUGGCAAAUUGACCGCGCUGAUGGGAGCCUCCGGAGCCGGUAAAACGACCUUGUUGAAUACCAUAGCACAACGCAUCAAUUUUGGUGUUGUAACCGGUGACUUUCUCGUGGAUGGCAAACCUCUUCCAAAGUCCUUCCAAAGAGCGACUGGCUUUGCUGAGCAGAUGGAUAUUCACGAGCCGACUGCGACAAUUCGAGAGGCCCUCAGAUUCUCCGCUCUCCUGCGUCAGCCGAAUGAAGUACCUAUCGAAGAGAAGUAUGAAUAUUGCGAACGCAUCAUCGAUCUCCUUGAGAUGCGUUCAAUUGCAGGGGCAACCAUUGGCCAAAUAGGCAGUGGUCUGAAUCAAGAACAGCGCAAGCGCGUCACCAUUGGCGUCGAACUUGCUGCUAAGCCAGAGCUGCUCUUGUUUUUGGACGAGCCGACAUCGGGCUUGGACUCUGGAGCUGCAUUCAAUAUCAUCCGCUUCCUUCGCAAACUGGCCGACAAUGGUCAAGCUCUGCUUGUGACAAUCCAUCAACCCUCAUCAGUCCUCUUUGAGCAUUUCGAUGAGCUCAUCCUCCUGAAAGCUGGUGGCCGUAUCGUUUAUCACGGUGAAUUAGGAAAGGACUCACGUCAUUUGAUCAAUUACUUUGAGCGCAAUGGCGCACCCGAGUGUCCUCCACGCGCCAAUCCCGCUGAAUACAUGCUGGAAUCUAUCGGUGCCGGAGAUCCGGACUACGCGGGUCAAGAUUGGGGCGACGUAUGGAAUGCUUCACCAGAGCACGAAAUGCUAAAAGCCGAAAUUCAGUCUAUGAUUGCAUCGCGACGAAAUGCAACUUCAGAUCACAAGACAGAUCAUGACAGAGAGUACGCCAUGCCUCUUGUCACUCAAAUCUACACCGUCGUCUAUCGUGCUUUCACAAGUUACUGGCGUGAACCGGACUACUUGAUUGGCAAGUUUAUGCUACAUAUCUUCACUGGCCUCUUCAAUACCUUCACCUUCUACCACAUCGGUAAUAGCUACAUUGAUAUGCAGUCUCGCCUCUUUUCAAUCUUCAUGACUCUUACCAUUUCACCACCUCUGAUCCAGCAGCUCCAGCCCAAGUUCCUCGGAUUCAGGAACCUAUACAAAAGCCGAGAGGCCAAUUCAAAGAUCUACUCCUGGGUAGCUUUCACAAUCGCUGCCGUCCUCGUUGAACUCCCCUACAGCAUCGUAGCCGGAACGAUCUACUAUCAAUGCUGGUGGUGGGGUGCUGUAGGACGUGAAGCCACGAAGUUUCAAUCAGCAUAUACAUGGCUCCUGCUCAUGUUGUUUGAGAUCUACUAUGUCGGUUUUGGCCAAGCCAUUGCCGCUUUCUCUCCAAACCCACUCCUCGCUUCCCUUCUGGUCCCGGUAUUCUUCCUAUUUGUCGUCUCCUUCUGUGGUGUCGUCGUUCCUUACGCCGCUCUUCCGACAUUCUGGCGGGACUGGAUGUACCGGCUCUCCCCUUUCACAUACCUGCUCGAAGGCUUCCUUAGUGCUGCUGUACACGGUCGUAAGGUUGUAUGUGCCAAGAAUGAAUUUGCACGCUAUUCUCCUCCUCCUGGUGAGACUUGCCAGUCCUACACGCAACCUUUCAUUGAACAAGCUGGUGGAUAUGUACGGGAUGGUGCGAAUGGAUUGUGUGAAUUCUGUCAAUACGCGAAUGGCGAUGAGUUCGCAAAGAGGUUUAAUGUCUCCUAUGGCAAUAUUUGGAGGGAUUAUGGAAUCUUUUGGGCCUUUUGCAUCUUUAAUUUUGUUGUGGUGUUCGCAGCAAGCUGGGCUUAUCUGGGUGGUGUGAAGAACUUGAAGAAGAGAUUUUCAAGAGAGGCAAAAUCUACGGAGGGCACCGCGGAGGAAAAAGCAUGA